CGUUCCCCUCGGUCUCCCUGGGCCCCAGGCCGCGGCGCCCGCGCCCACCCGCCCUUCCGCUCGCUCGCUCGCCCUCCUUCCUUCCCUGCGGCCGGCUGCGCCAUGGCGUUGGCGUUGGCGGCGCUGGCGGCGGUGGAGCCGGCCUGCGGCAACCGGUACCAGCAGCUGCAGAAUGAAGAAGAGCCUGGGGCUCCACAGCAGGUCGUGGGUGAUGCUCCUCCGCCGUACAGCAGCAUCUCUGCUGAGAGUGCAGGCAUGCUGGGAUUACAGAUGCCCGCCCCAGCGGCCAGCUUCUACGUGAGCGCUGCUGAUCCAAACUCAGCGUAUUUUGACUACAAAGAUGAGUCUGGGUUUCCAAAGCCCCCAUCUUACAAUGUGGCUACAACACUGCCCAGUUAUGAUGAAGCUGAGCGAACCAAGGCAGAAGCUACAAUCCCUUUGGUUCCUGGAAGAGAUGAGGAUUUUGUGGGUCGGGAUGAUUUUGAUGAUGCUGACCAGCUGAGGAUAGGAAACGAUGGGAUUUUUAUGUUAACUUUUUUCAUGGCAUUCCUCUUCAACUGGAUUGGGUUCUUCCUGUCUUUUUGCCUGACCACCUCAGCUGCAGGAAGGUAUGGGGCCAUCUCAGGAUUUGGUCUUUCUCUAAUUAAGUGGAUCCUGAUUGUCAGGUUUUCCACCUAUUUCCCUGGAUACUUUGAUGGUCAGUACUGGCUCUGGUGGGUGUUCUUGGUUUUAGGCUUUCUCCUGUUUCUCAGAGGAUUUAUCAAUUAUGCAAAAGUUCGGAAGAUGCCAGAAACUUUCUCAAAUCUCCCCAGGACCAGAGUUCUCUUUAUUUAUUAAAGAUGUUUUCUGGCAGAGGCCUUCCUGCGUUUAUGAAUUCCCCUUCAGAAGCACGAGAAUACCUGCAGGAAGAGAAUUGAGAUGUGGAACACAGGAAUUAUCACCUGCUUUAAAAAUAAAGUACUGUUGAAAAAGAUCAUUUCUCCCUAUUUGUUCCUAGGUGUAAAAUUUUAAUAGUUAAUGCAGAAUUCUGUAAUCAUUGAAUCAUUAGUGGUUAAUGUUUGAAAAAAAAACAAACUCUUGCAAUCAAGUCUGUGAUGUAUUAAUAAUAAUGCCUUACAUAUUGUUUGUAGUCAUUUUAAAUAGCAUGAGCCAUGUCCCUUUAGUCAGUAGGGGGCAAUCUUGCUUUAUUCAUCUUCCAUCUCAAAGCAAAUUUGGAAUUAAAGAUUUAGUGUAAGAUAUGUAUAAGGCUGGCUGUUUUAAAAGGGGUUUUCUCAAAAGUUAAAUCUUUUGUUAUGACUGCAUUUCUGCACAUAUUCCAUUAUUUACUGUUAAAAUUAACCUAGAAGUUUAUUCAGUUGUACUGUGUGUGAACACCUGGAAGCAAAACCAUAGUGCAAAAUACAUUAAGGUGUGAUCAAAAAAUGUUAAUUGGUAAAUAAGCAUUAAUUUUUCAUAGUCUGUUCAAAAAAUUGCAGUAACUUUUUGUUCUGUGGUGUGUACCAAGGAAUUCUAAAGGUGUUGUCAUUGUAUAAAAUAGAAAGGACAAAGACAAAUGCAGAUUAAUUACUAAAGGGUAAUUCUUGACAUGGUGUAAUUAGAAAACCAGAGGUUUAGGUUUUAGAAGCAAAGAAUUAGCUUGGAACUUUUGAGAUGAUCCCUAACAUACUGUACUACUUGCUUUUACAAUGUGUUAGCAGAAACCUAUGCGUUAUAAAUGUAGAAUGAUGUGCUUGCUGCCCAAGUGGUAAUUCACUUUGGUUGCUAUAUUAAAAAUGUAAAUACAAAAGAACGUUAAUAAAUGUCUCUUGUGUAGCA